UUAAGCACGAGGAAUUUGUGUCACAAGGCACAAAACUUAAAUGUGAUCUUCACGCCUCCCAAAAUAGGAUCGGUUAGAACCAGGCCCAUCUUACUAAUGCGCUGACAAGUAAUGAACUCGGUCUCAAUCCCCACCGACUACUGAAUAAAGUACUCAGCCUUGCCUCGCACAUUCCAAAUCUAUGAAAUAAUUAUUCUCUACUGUAUAUAACUCUCGUUCUCUGGAUUGUAUAUCUCAGUAAGAUAGAGAUCGCAUCUGCUCUGGCACUAACAAAUCCUUAUUUUUGCAGAAAACAUGGAAAUGAUUCAAACUUUGUUUCUCUGCUUGUUAUUUAGCAUUGUUUCCACGAGUGUUGGGCUCGACAGGAACGACUUUCCCCUGAAUUUCAAGUUUGGAACUGCUUCCUCUGCCUAUCAGUAUGAAGGUGCUUGGAGAGAAGGAGGUAAAGGUCUCAGCAACUGGGAUGCCUUCACACAUUCACCAGGAAGUAUAAAAGAUGGAAGCAAUGGAGACGUAGCGGAUGAUCAAUAUCACAAAUAUCUGGAAGAUAUCGAGCUCAUGGUGUCACUUGGGCUAGACACUUAUAGAUUCUCCAUAUCAUGGUCUCGAAUCCUUCCAGAUGGUAAAGGUAAAAUCAACCAGGCUGGGAUUGAGUACUACAAUAAUUUUAUCAAUGCUCUUCUUCAAAAUGGUAUCCAACAAUUUGUUACAUUAUUCCACUUCGACGUUCCGAAUGCACUUCAAGACUCCUACGGUGGAUGGCUCAGUCCACAGAUAGUAACGGACUUUGAAGCCUACGCGGAUAUUUGUUUCAAAGCCUUUGGUGACCGGGUAAAGUACUGGGCUACAAUGAACGAACCAUAUCUUUUUGUUCCACUGGGUUACACCGUUGGAUUAUUUCCUCCACCUUUGGGAAAGUGUGUCUCUGGGAAUUCCCUGUCUGAACCAUAUGUUGCUGCACAACAUGUUUUGCUGGCCCAUGCAGCUGCAGUCAACACAUAUAGGACCAAAUAUCAGCAAAUUCAAGGAGGAUCUAUUGGAUUUGUGGUUAGCGCACCAUGGUAUGAACCAUUGGAAGACACUCCUGAUGACAGAGCAGCUGUCGAUAGAAUUCUAGCAUUCAAUAUCCGAUGGUUUCUAGAUCCAGUUAUUCUGGGAAAUUAUCCAAUUGAAAUGCGUGAACGACUGGGUUUGCGCCUACCUGCUACUGAUUCAGAAAUGUCUGGGAAGCUUGCAGGAUCAUUCGAUUUCAUCGCCAUAAAUCAGUACACAACCUUGUAUGCAAGCAGUAUCCCUACUCCUUCCCUCGACUCCACUACACGCUUUUAUGCGGACUCCAUGGUUUAUUUGACCGGCGAAAGACAAGGAAUUCCCAUUGGAGAACGAACAGGAAUGGACGGUUUAUAUGUUGUGCCUCAUGGAAUUCAGAAUAUGGUGGAAUAUGUAACACAAAUCUACAACAAUCCUCCUAUUUUCAUCACAGAAAACGGGUAUGCAGAAUCCAAGGAUUCCUGUGCCACAUUACAGGAAGCUUUGGAAGACGUGAGGAGAAUACAUUUUCACAGCAAUAACUUGCAUUACUUGGCAAAGGCAAUCAUGAAUGGAUCAGAUGUGCGUGGAUACUUCAUUUGGUCUCUUCUUGACAAUUUUGAGUGGCGAUUCGGCUACACACGGAUAUUUGGGCUAUAUUACGUGGAUAAGCUUUCUCAGAGCAGAUAUCCGAAGCUAUCCGCUGAAUGGGUAAAGCAAUUUCUUCGGAUGGACGCAAGCAUCACAGUAUAACCACAACGUGCAAAUGUGAAUUUGUCACUUCUCCUCGCCUUUUUCUGUCAUUGCUAUCGAUCCUCGACAUCGGGGUAUCUAACUCCUUCUGACCAUUUGAUCAACACUCACUAUUCCCUGAUACGUUCAGCUUGCUCUUCUGCAUGGCGGCCACCAUCACCAGCCACCCCCGACACUCCACCAGGUUGGUGCUACAACAUAUGUAAACC